AUGGACCUGGAUUCCCGAGCUGGCCAAGCACCGUUUUUGAGGUGCACCGAUACGGAUCGCGGAACCGCCUUUUUGGCAAGCGACAUCUGGUUUCGAGGAACCAUCAACCGGAAAUGCACCUACUUGGAAGUUACCUAUGUUCAACCGUUUGCUCGUCCUGAUAUUGCAGUACAUUUUAGCUCGACCAAACGAACCAGAAAGGCCACGAUAUUCUCAAACUUGCUUAGGGGGAUACGGUGGCAGCGAAUCGGAGGCCACGCAGACCGUUGUUCGAAAUUCCAGAAACGCCAUCUCGGAAUCCGCAAACGCCUGCAUGAUGCACCGAUGCGGAUUGCGGAAUCGGCCAGAGUCACGCGUGCCGUCAUGACAAGAGUCCGACUUAUCACACUGGUGGACCUGCUCCGCUCUCUUUUUGACCCAGAUACCUCUUAUGGAAGGCAUAACCGGUGCUGUGUAUCCUUAUAUAUCGAAAAGAGGUCGAAAAAACAGCCCGGCACAAACGUGAGUGCCAAUCGAUCUGGCACAAACACCAUUGCCAGUCGGCCAGCGGCAAAUGUGAGUGCCAAUCGAUCUGGCACAAACGCCAUUGCCAGUCGGCCAGCGGCAAAUGUGAGCGCCAAUCGAUCUGGCACAAACACCAUUGCCAAUCGAGGAAAACGUGAGCACUAAUCGGUCUGAUAUAAAUAUAAAGAGUAAUUGGUCUAGUAUAAACGCAAAUACCAAUCGAUCAGGGGCAAACGCUAGCACUAGUUAGCCAAGCACAAACGUGAAUCCUAAGCCAAGGGAAGGAGAGAGCAAUACCAGGGAAGACACUCUCCCUGGCAGAGCUGAAGGGUUUAGGGAAGAACCUGGUUCGACACCUAACCUUGUCAAUUCCUUGGUAAAGUACAUUUCUUGAGUCCAGUCGGAAAUUUCUUGACGGCAAUGAGUUAUUGCUAGAUACAAUUAUCCCACGUAAGGGGUAUAGUUAGGCUAGUUUAGCUAUUACGGUUCUAUUUUAGCCCGGAUUGUGCUAGGAAGACGAGUUUAUAUACGGCGAGCAGAUUCUAAUAUUAGACUUUGAGUACAUCAGACAAGCAUGCACCCCUACUCAGACAAUCAUCCCUUUGCUCUAGCUUCUAUCUUCACUGGGCACUCUUAUUAGGGCUUGAUAGGGUUCCUGCUUUCAAUAUGUGGAUGCCGACUCCUUACCAGUCCCCAGAGUCGAGAACUCGAUUCUGUGCCUUGCAGCAGAGAUUGAAGAUUUACAAUCCAAAGGGUCCACAAGCGCUGUGACUGCAAGGAAAUACGGAAUCAAUGGAACACUGCAUCACAGUAUUAUGAAAUCGUGGCAUUCCCAAAUAAUUAAGGUACUGCAGGAAGGCCAGAAGUCAAUAAGAAUGCUUACAUGUUCAAGCAUUAUACGUUGAACAGCGGUACGACGUCGCCUGAAUGAUUCGAAAAGGAAAUAUGGUUGUAAGGGAAACUCCGGUGGAACCUCGAUUUCCGGACCAAAAUGCUCAACGGACCAGGAAGGAUCAGAUAAAAAAUUCAAUUUGAAAC